AAGAAAUCGUUGGAAGAUGGUGCAAAAUUGCGGAGAAUACAUCCACAUAUUUAUCACGCAGGGUUCAGGACCUUGUACUAAAAAAAGGCUUGGCAGAAACGGCAAGCAGGGAUGCCAGUCUAAAAUGUGACACAGAUGAUCUACUGGAACUGGAUAUUUCAAAUGUUUCGUCUCUCUUACGAAACGCUGAAGAAAACUUGCUUCACCCAGACCCAACUCAGCGUAAUGCAGAAUGGUACAGCCAAAUCAUUGAGGAUGUUGCACCCUUUCUUGCAAAAUGUUAGAAUGAAAAUGAAGGCUUAUGCCAGAAGAGGAAUUAAAAGGAAAGAUGAAGUAGCUCUCAACUGCCAUGAAUGCCUUCUGCUCAUAACUGCUGCACUUGAGAGAGCUCUUGGCAAUGUAUAUUGUGUCAUUCACUACUUAAUAGCUGAUAUAACUCACAUUAUGACACACAUUCUUUCUUUUAAGUUGUUUCUACAUGGAGAUCGAAACAAAAAGGUCCCAUCGUUGUUCCGGGAUCUGUUGGCCUCCCAAGAGUUGCUCGUGAUACUGGGCAUAUCGCAAGUAAUCCUUUUACAGCUGUUGCUUGGCAGUCCCCUGUCUCUUAAUUUGAGAAACCUCAUAUGGCACGGCUUCGUUGGUUUUCUCGACUGGGACACCCAUGGCUAUGCUUCCGUCUUGUUAUUCGUCUGCGUUUCUAUAGGUCGACAUUUGGAUGGCUGCCUGAUCAAUGAAAUCAUCCCGAGACGCUGGGCUACUUUCAAGCAGCAUCAGCAGGGACGCAAGUGGCCAAAAUGGUCGGAGUUUAUGGAAGAAGAGAUGUUGGUGGAAGCGGUUUCAAAAACGCGAGGACUUCCCUGCAGCCGCAAGGCCAUUUGGCUACGAGCCAUUAAGUACCAUCAGGAGGGCUCCUACGGUCGAUGCUGUGCACUCAUGAUGCCCGAAAUAGAGCACACGCUCCGAUUGAUUUACUGCGCUGUAAAUGAGUGCCCUGCGCGAGCUCUGACUGCUGAAUCGGUCGUUCACUAUACGACGCUCGACGUCAUCUUUGAAUGCGGCAACGAAGAUGAAUCAAACAAAACCCGUAUGGCCGAGUUUUUGGGAAACGGACUUUUUCUUGCCUUGCUCGAUAUUUUUGUCCAAACUGAAGGUCCAAGAGUUCGCGAUCGGUUCAGUCAUGGCGAGUGUCAAUUGUGGGAUAUCGACUUCCAAUUGUCUAGACACUUGCUCGCAUUAUCGGCAGCAAUUCUAUGGCGAGCCGAUGAGGAGAAAGUCUCUUGCGCUCCUCACUAUUCACCGGAUUACACCCCAGCCGCUUUAUUUCAUGGCGAACUGAUUCAAACUCUCCAAGCCAUCGAACAUUGGCUUUGUUUGGCUAUCGUCGACGUCGACCAGCCUGUCAUCGACUUAUCCGCCUGGCCAGCCCAAUGCCUCCCGUUGAUUAGCGACUGGCUUCAUAACUGGUCCACUUCGGUUAAUCAGCUAUUAAUAAAUCACCUUGAAGAAGAGAAUAGCCGGCAAAUAAGCCAUCUUGUCAUCAAGACACACCGUUGUCCGCUAUCGGCCACCUGGCGUCGAAUGAUGAGCCAGAUCGUAUUGGGUAGCCAACGCUUGACGGCUCACUAUAACGAAAGAAAUAGUAGUGCUUCAAGUACAUUGUCGUCUUGGUCGUUACGGUCUCGACAGCGAUCCACUCAUGCCCGGCUGGACAGUUACAUGUGCCUAUUCGUAAGGGCUGUCCAACUUUCCUUGCUCUUUCCCAUAGCCGUCAGUUGUGGAGGCCAAGUCAUUGUCAACCAUGCACCGACAGUGCGGCGAAUGAAACGGAACGUCACUCGCUGGGCUGACAAUUUCGCCAGUGCGUCAGUCAAUAACCGUUGGGUGGAUCUGGCAGAAUGCGCAACAGAAUCGAUUCAAUCAAUGGAAAUUCUCCUUGCAUCCGUCGUCGUCUUUGUCCUCCAAAAUUCUCAGAUCCGGAGCUAAAGUCCAAUUCAUCCGGUAUUUUUCUUCCGUCACAUCCGCCUAGUGCUACAAAUAGUCUUAAAAAGUCACGAACAACUUGUAUUGUAUGCGUUGAUAAUAAUAGACCAACCCACCCUUCACCGGGAUUGUGUUGUUAGAGACUCGGGAGAAAGAGCCGGCCAUGGUCAUGGGCCAAUUCCAAAGAUAACUUUGCCUUUUCUUGUUGUCUCUUACUGAUGACUCAGGGUUCUUUUUUAUUAUUAUUAUUAUUUAUUUACCUGGAAACGGUCGAAUGAAUAUACAAUAAAAGAUCAAAUUAA